GUCAAAACCCAGCCCAGCAGACCAGUCGACUCAGUCACGAGCAUCCAAAUCCCAAGCCAACACACACCUCACCCGCCUCCUCCUCACCGCACACGCUACACGCCACCUCCUCCUCCCCGGCUCCCCUCCCCCGCCGCCCCGAUCCCCUUCCCCGAGAGCAGCCUCCCACGUGACCCGGAUCCGACCGCUCCGUCCCCCGUCCACGGCCGCCCGCCCAAUUCGCGGGAAUUCCUCGAGGCCCGGCCGCAAGCAACCAGGGCCUGUGAGGCAGAUCCAUGGAGCGGGGCCGGCCGCGGCGUCGACGCUAGCACAUCGCGAGGAGCUCCUGGUUUCGUCGCUCACAGAGAAUUCUCUUGCCGUUUGGCUCGGCAAGCGUGGCUGCGGCGAUGGCGAUGGCGAAUCCCUCCGCGGCCGGUGCCCCAGGAAUCUGUAGCGACGCACUGUUCCGGGAGCUAUGGCAUGCUUGUGCCGGUCCGUUGAUCACAGUACCCAGACAAGGCGAACGAGUCUAUUACUUUCCCCAGGGUCAUAUGGAACAGCUUGAGGCAUCUACAAACCAGCAGCUUGACCAGUACCUGCCGAUGUUCAACCUACCAUCCAAAAUCCUAUGCAGCGUGGUCAACGUAGAGCUCCGGACGGAAGCUGAUUCAGAUGAAGUUUACGCUCAAAUUAUGCUGCAACCAGAGGCUAAUCAAGGUGAGCUCACAAGCUUGGGUCCUGAGCCAAAAGAACUCGAAAAAGGCACCAUACAUUCCUUUUGCAAGACACUGACAGCUUCGGAUACGAGUACCCAUGGUGGUUUCUCUGUUCUUAGGAGGCAUGCUGAAGAGUGUCUUCCUCCGCUGGACAUGUCUCAGAAUCCACCAUGUCAAGAACUGGUAGCCAAAGAUCUCCAUGGAACUGACUGGCAUUUUCGUCACAUAUUUCGGGGACAGCCUAGGCGACAUCUACUUACAACUGGCUGGAGUGUCUUUGUUAGCUCAAAAAGAUUGGUUGCUGGUGAUGCAUUUAUCUUUCUGAGAGGUGAAAAUGGUGAGUUGCGGGUUGGAGUAAGGAGGCAUAUGAGGCAAGUAAAUAACAUGCCAUCAUCUGUGAUAUCAAGCCACAGCAUGCAUCUUGGAGUCCUUGCAACAGCCUCCCAUGCAAUCUCCACUGGGACCCUCUUUUCUGUUUUCUAUAAACCCAGAACAAGUCAAUCUGAGUUUGUGGUGAGUGUUAACAAGUACCUUGAAGCGAAGAAGCAGAACAUUUCUGUUGGAAUGAGAUUUAAGAUGAAAUUUGAAGGCGAUGAAGCUCUUGAAAGAAGGUUCAGUGGAACAAUAAUUGGUAUUGGGAGCACGCCGACGGUGUCAACAUCUCUAUGGGCAGAUUCUGAUUGGAAAUCUCUGAAGGUCCAAUGGGAUGAGCCUUCAUCCAUUCUUCGUCCAGAUAGAGUUUCACCAUGGGAAUUGGAGCCACUGGAUGCAGCUAAUCCACAACCCCCUCAACCUCCACUGAGAAAUAAGCGUCCCCGACUUCCAGCUUCACCUUCUGUGGUUCCAGAACUUGCUCCAAAAUUUGGACUAUGGAAGUCCCCGGCUGAACCAAGCCAAACCCUCUCAUUUUCGGAGCCACAACAGGCUCGAGGGUUAUUUACUAAUUCACGCUUCUCAUCAUCAUCAAACGUUGCAUUCAAUCAGUUCUACUGGCCAGCAAGAGAAUCAAGAGAAGACUCUUAUGCUGGAAGUACUAACAAAGUCACUGUUGAAAGAAAGCUUGAACCAGCUGCUGGUGGUUGCAGAUUAUUUGGAAUUGAGAUAAGAUCUGCUGUGGAAGAAACACAACCCGUGCUAACUGUCUCAGGUGAUGGUUAUGACCAAACGGCUGCAUCUGUAGACGUGGACUCUGGCGAGCUCUCGCAGCCAUCCAAUAUGAACAACUCUGGUGCCCAAGCAGCAAGCAGUGAGCGUGCUCUUCUUGAGACCCAAAGUCGCCAAGUUAGAAGCUGCACAAAGGUAAUUAUGACAGGAAUGGCAGUUGGAAGAGCAGUGGACUUGACAAAGCUAUAUGGGUAUGUUGAUCUUCACCGCAAGUUGGAGGAGAUGUUUGAUAUACAGGGGGAGCUAUGUUCCACACUCAAGAAAUGGCAGGUUGUUUAUGCGGAUGAAGAGGAUGAUAUGAUGCUCGUUGGGGACGAUCCUUGGGACGAGUUUUGCAACAUGGCGAAAAGAAUUUACAUUUAUACAUAUGAGGAGGCCAAGCAGUUGGCACCAAAGGCCGCCAAGCUCAGCCGUGUGAACUCAUCACAUGAAUCGGCCACUCCGCAGAGUGGCUCAGACUACCCAGCCUCGUUUGCCAAUGCAGAUUGCUGAAUGCUAAGUUGCUAACUUUGCUCUAAUUACGCUCUUUCUUCCUUUGAUCAUUCGGGGAAAUUGCCCAUGAUCAUCCACUCUACUCGGGAGAGCCACGUAUGAUUCGUUCACGGACAAAAGACAUUGUGUGCGUUGCUGUGGUGGGUUUGGUUCUGUGUCAGCAAGGAAUGCCUGGAAGAGGCAUUCUGGCAUUUCAUGACGUUUUGUCGCCAGUUGGUUUUAUGCGAGAACUGGCGGUGAGCCGCAGUAUGCAUAUUGCCGUAGACCUUGCCCUCGUUGCUUGCUACAGUAGUAAAUAGGCGUAUGUAUAUAUUGAUGAUGUUUGGGUACCUGUACGAAUUGAUGCAGUUCAGCAAUUGUUACUUUUAGCAGCAGCAACCUUUUCGCUAGUGGUGGCGGUGGUUAGUAUGUUUCCUUGUAUCAUGUAUACCUUUCUCCCUCGUGGAAGCCAUCUGUAUAUAUCUAAGAAGUAAAGUUGUGUUUUAUGGUCU